AUGGUCAAGCACGAGACGCCUGGGUUUGCGCUAGAGUGGGUGUGCAACUUCCACAACACCUAUCACCAGGGUAGCCGCCCGACGUUCAUGCAGGCGAUCUUACUCGCGUUGAAGCUCGAGGCGGCCUGGCAGGCGCAUGCGGACAAGAAGCAGAUCCCCGCGUCCGGGAACCCUCAGUACGAGAAGCUGUACGAGGAGUUCGUUGAGCUGCGUCUAAAGGAGGAGGUCAAGACGGCCGACAUGCGGAGCAGUCAGCUGCAUUCCUGGAAACAUUUUUGCAAUACCAAGGCCUUCGCGCACAAUUUGGAGCGCUAUGGGAUAUUCGAGGCGUUCCAAGAGUGGACCCGCCUUUACGUAAACUUUUUGGACGAGUCGAUUAACAAUUUCACGGUGAUCAACAUCAUGCACUCGUGGACCCUCAGCGUGAUCGCCUCGCUCGGCAAGUACUGGCCCAAGCCGGUCGUCGGCACGUUCAUCCUCGAGGGCUUGAAGUUCUGCAUCCCCCUCCCCGAGAAGAUGUCCACGAAGCAGAGCGCCGGCCAGCGGCGCAUCCCGUGGAUAUUCCAGGCACCCUCGCAGCGCACGGGCGAUCUGUUCAAGCUCAUCCUGACACCGAUGCGCGAGUCAGUUGCAGCCAAGAAGCUCAUCGAGAAGUACGAGAAGCAGGCUGACGUCGCGGCGAGCGCGGCUGCCGAUGCUGCUGCAGAUGCCACGGCCACGCCCCAUGCCGAUCCUGGCUCCGUGCUCGACGGCCUCGGCGGCGGCGGCGCUCCUCCUGUAGGCAACGGCGGCUUUGUUGCCCCGCCAGCCUCGAAGAAGCGCCGCAAGGGCAAGGGCAAGGGCAAGGGCAUCACGCCCGGCCAGGCGGCGCCGCCUGGGACUGCGGCGGCGGUCACCGUCAAUGCUGAGCAGUUCGUUGUCAUGACGCAGCCGAUCGUUGCGUCCGACUCGGCGAUGGAGCGCCCGACGACAGCUGCUGACGACCUGAUGCACUCGGUCGAGUACCAUUGCCACGGCGCAUCCGAUGACUGUCGCGAGAAGGUCAGGCAGACGGUCGUCUCGCUGUUCCUCCAGUUCACCUUCUCGAAGAGCGUCGCCAUGAACGCCAAACUCGUGAAAUCGCACAGCAAGUUCAGGGAUGAGGCGGUGGUGCUCAUGAAGCUUAGCUGUCCUGUCCGCGCUGCUGCUUCUUCGGGCGGCGGCGCCGCGCUGUCGUCGAAGGAUAACCUGGCGGAGUUCGCGGCCGCCGACCCCGAGCGCCUCGCACAGGAGCUGGUGGCCCGCUGCAGCAGGCCCGUCGAGGAGACCGUCGGCGGUGGCGACGACGGCGACCUCUCGCUCGAGGAUGUUAAGGCGAUGGUGACGGCGGUUUCCGCAGACAUCAACACGUUCGUCGUCGCGAACGCCCACCUACCGACUACGAUGCACGCGCAGCUUGGCAGCCUCAUGCGCGCGACAGCCACGCUCGACUCCUUCGACUUGGCUGCGUUCGUCAGCGUGAUCGACCAGCACCUGCCAUUCACGUGGUUCGAGGCAGCGUCGGCCGUGUCGGCUUUUGCAUCCAAGGCGGGAUCACUCCCGAGCUUCGUGACUUCGUUAUUCCCGACGCAGACCGCGCUCGAGGCGUUCUUCCGCGCGCGCGCGUGCUACGUGGCGGCCACUCUCAACUCGCUGUUCGUCAUGAAGAAGCUACCGACUGACAUCACGCCUGGCACCGUCCAGCUCAAGAGCGCGUUCAUCGAUGACCCGGCCCUUCUCUCAGACACGAUGUGGGCCACGUUCAUUGGCCUCGAGGCUUCUACCAACGAUGCGGUGAAGUGGCAAGCGGCAUGGUCGACUGUACUCAAGUGCGAGUCGUCAACGGAGCUCCGGGGCGCCAUCUCGCGCAUGAAGUCGGCCGCUAUCAGCGCAGCCGAGCAGGUGCAUCGGGCGUCGACCGCCACCGGCGAGGCGACACUGCCACCCCCGCUGGCGGACGCGACUGGCAGUGCUGUCGCCGCCGCGCCGCCCACCGCGGACGCAGGCGCCGCUGCUGCGCAGACUGAGGCCCAGGCCAUCGCUGACGCGCCUGGUGCGGUCGGCGCGGUCGGCGGCUGUGCGCCGGUGGUUGGGGGCCGCGCGGACGGGAGCCCUUCGAUCGAGGUCCCUGUGUGGCAGCUGUACAACUACUUCGCGCCGCAGCUUCGCGCGACGCCACGCGCGUUGAGCGAUUCCGACAUGGCCAAAUCGCUCGACAUCGAGGUCGACGGCUUGCUUCUCAAGGCGGUCGAGCGGUCGAUGGAGUCGCUGCUGUGGAAGACGUUCCGCGAGUCGGGGUGCUUCUGCUUCCACGGCGAGCAGCCGAUCAGCACCAACGCCCUGUCCGAUCACAGCGGGCUGGGCGGCUUCAACAGCAUCUCGCUCGUCCUCGAGGAGAAGAACAAGACCUCGCUGGUGUGGACCCCGCCUGUGCUGUGCGAGGGCUCUACGGACACGGCGAAGCUGUGCCUCCAGUACGUCGGCCCGGUGAGCCUCACCAGGAAGGACGCCGCGUCGUUCAUCCUGUGCGAGGUUUUCGGCGUGCCCCUCUACCUCAACCCGCCGAGCGCCGCCAAUGUCAUUAAUAGCCAGUUCCCGGAGCUCGCGUGGUACAUCAAGUCUGUCGCCAAGGCCGAUCAGGCGGUGCUGAUGAACGAUGCCCUGAUCUUGCCUGUGUUCAUUGAUAAGGACGGCCAGUGCGACACUGUCGACGGCGCGAGCGAGCCCGACGAUUACAAAAUGGUCAAGGUAAAUGUCAGCAUCCCGAGGCUCAUCUCCAAGCACCUCAGCGGGGAGGUCGGCCCGAUCGCUCUGACGCGUGAGACGACCGAGGCCGAGCGCGCUGCCAAGCAGCGCGCGCAGUUGGCCAAGAAGGCACCGGGCGGCGCGGCGAGCCUCUACCCCCCCACAGUGGGGGGCGCCGUCGCUGUGCAAGCAGCGCACGCCGCCCACGGCGGCGGCGUCGCGCCACCGUCCAAGGCGACGGCGUCAGCGCGCGCCGCGGACGCGGAGUCCCUGUUUGUGGACGAGGCCGCGAUGGACAAGGCCGUCUUCCACUUCAAGCAGUCGCUGCUGGCCGGCCAGACGGCUGAGGCGUGGAGGGGCGCGGGCGUGUGCGCCUACCGGAAGGCGCAGCUUCACCGCCAGCGCGGCGGAAGCUCCGAGCGAACGGCGGCACUGCUGGGCGAGGCGCUGUCCCACCUGACCGAGGCAAACUUCUUGGACAAGGUGAGGCCACAAAUCAACGCCUACCUCGUGAUGUGCGCGGUCCAGCUGGGCAAGGUGCAGGUGGCGAAGCAGGCGCUGAGGGAGGUGCUCAGGCACGCCGACGCGUUGGACGACAGCACGGCGCGGGAGCUGACGCAGAUCUUGCUGGAGUUCAGCGACGAGAGCCUGUCGAGGCUCGCCGGCCGCGAGUCCGAGCGCGGCCGUCUGGCGAAGGACGGCCGCUACGCGCGGGAGGCCGCCUCCAUGGCCGCCGUGCUCCUGGCCAGGCGGCCGUCCCCAGAGGCCCACCUCUUCGUAGGCCGCGCAUGCGCCCUGCUCGGCGAGCAUGCCGAGGCGGUAGGCUCCUUCUGCGCGGCACUGGAGCUCUGCGAUGCGGAGUCCCCGAGCCUGGGCCCGGCGGCCGACGCCGCCAGGGACUCCGCCUCACGGCUCGCCGCGGAGCCAGCCUACUCCGCAAAGGUGGAGGAGGCCAUCGCGCGGGCCAAGUGGCCCCGGUGGGUGGAGACGCCCACCUCGGCGGCCACCCCAGUGAGUCGCCUCACGGGCUAGGCCAGGAUCUCCCCGCUGCUUCCUGGCGCGGUACUGGCUUGUGACCUGCCUUGUCCCGUCGCGCGGGCCCCCCCGCCAGGGGGUGAGACUGGCGACGGCGCACGAUACCGAAACC